AUGCCGGGCCAGCCGAGCGGUCAAGGCCGCAGAAGGCCAGGCGGCGGUAUGCAAAUCGACACCGCAUAUCCCACACCACUGCCCAUCUACACAGCACUCGUGCUACUUGUUCUUCCCCUAGGCCUGUACUACCUGUACUCCAGGGCUAGUUCUAGAUCGAAGAACCCAGCAGCGCUCCCCGCAAACUGGCCAAUACUACACAUGUUCCCUUCCUUCGUGGCCAAUCUCCACAACUUGAAUGACUAUUUCGGCCUGGUCCUCGCCGGAUCAGGCCACAACUUCAGGGCGCACGGCCCACCAGGGAACGGGAUGCGGUUUUUGGUCACAUGUGAUACUGCCAACAUCCGGCACAUCUUUACAACGAACUACACCAACUUUUCCAAGGGUGACGAGUUCGCCGCGAUCUUCGACAUCAUGAGCGGCAGCAUCUUCACCAUUGACGGUGAGCCGGCUCGUCGGCAGCGCACGAAAAUCAAGAGCAUGCUUGGCAGCCCACGGUUGGUUACAAGGAUGGAGGCCUGGUGCCGCGACAAGGUCGAGAGCAACCUGCUGUUGUUGUUUAUGCACAGGGCGAGCACCAACACUCCAUUCAAUAUGCAAGAACUUAUGACGAGGUUUAUGUUUGACAUGGCUGCUACUCCUCUCUUUGACGUGGACCCUAGUCUCCUAUCCUGGGACAUGCCACCCAUGGACCCGGCGGUUGCCAUGGAUACAGUCAUGGAGGUGGCCUUUUUCCGAGCCAUGAUGUCGGCUUCUUGCUGGAAGCUAAUGAGGCGGCUGAACAUCGGCCCUAAGAGGAAGCUCAAGGCAGCGCACAAGGUGCUGCGUGGGUUUAUCAUGGAGAUGAUGGAGAGGAGGAAGAUUAACACAUGUUAUGUUGGCAAUGGCAAGGAACAGGAGAGUGUUGAUAUUUUGUCUUCCCUCCUUAACGACCCUGAGUAUGCAGAUAAUGACUUGCUCCGUGCGAUGAUAGUCAGCUACAUGCUGGCAGCAAGGGACACAGUUGGAACGACGUUAACAUGGAUUUUCUACAACCUCGCCCAACACCCUAAAAUUGUGUCAAUCAUCCACAAAGAACUCUCACCCAUUGCAUCACAUAAAGUAGCGGCCGGUGCGGAUGCCAUGGUGAUCUUUGAGCCGAACGAGACCAAAUCUCUAGUCUAUCUAAGAGCCGUCUUGUACGAGACUCUCAGGCUGCACCCACCAGCGCCUCUCGAGCGCAAGAUGGAGGCCGCCAAUGAUAUCAUGCCAAGUGGCCAUGAGGUGCAUACGGGCGACACCAUCUUUAUUUCUCUCUACUCCAUGGGGAGAAUGGAGGGCAUAUGGGGUAAAGAUUGCCUCAACUACAAUCCAGAUAGGUGGCUCUCGGAGGAUGGCAGCAAGCUGAGGUACGUACCAUCUCACAAGUUCUUGGCCUUCAACUCGGGCCCGAGGAUGUGCCUCGGCAAGGACAUCGCAUUUAUGCUUCUGAGGACCGUCAUCGCCUCAACUUUGUGGAACUUUGAUGUGGAGGUGAUGGAAGGGCAAAGCAUCCAGGCCAAGCCGUCUUGUAUACUGGAGAUGAAAAAUGGGCUCAUGGUUAAGCUGAAGAAGCGAGAAAUAUAG